CAAUCUGCCUCUUACGUUCUGUUGGUCAAAUUUGCCGGCGGUGAUCUAUCUGUGUGGGCCCCAAGCAUCAGUUAUUUCAAAUGAAUCUAGAUCCCGCUUUGGCGACUCAAUCAUCCGAUACCGAAGUCCCUUCAACACCUGUAGCGUCUCAAGGUUUGUCAACCGGUUCAAACAAUUUGAAUUCAGCGAGGGCGAAGGCAACACGGAAAAGACGCACAAAGCGUGAGAUGGAGGCCUAUCGUGUGGAAUUGGCGAAGCAAAAAGAGGAGAAACGGUUGGAACGAGAGAGAGCUAAAGCCGAGAAAGAGAGAAAGAAGCAAGGUCGCAAGGGGAGUCAAACUCCAGGCGGUCAUGGAUCUCAAUCUUCGCAAUCAUCUCAAUCUCAAUCACAAUCCGACUCCAAUGCCCCUUUUACAAUCGAGGACUAUGAACUCAUCUGUUCUUAUCUCGAAGUCCCAGAGAAUUAUUCAAGGCUUUACGGUAGCGGUGAUCAAACCGAUGUAGGACCACGACCACUUACUAAAACCGCUGCAUACGAGAUGUUUGCAAUCUACUUGAACAGCAACUGCAACAAGAGAUAUAAGCUGACUGGCGCUCAGCUUCGACAGCGAAUCGACCGAUACAAGAAGAAAUUCGCCGAGGCCAAAAAAUUUGCGGAGAAUACGGGUGCGGGAAUAGAGGAAGAGCAUGGUGUUUCGACUCUUCGCGAAUUGCUGAAUGAGAAAUGCCCAUGCUACGAACGGAUGGAUGCAAUAUUUGGUGCCAAGCCUAAUGUAACACCAUGUAUGCAAUACGAUUCAGUCGAUGGAUCAAACCUCUACGGUGACUCUGACGGAAGCUCCCCAGAGGUAAUUUAUUCGGGUUGGGAGGAAAGUCAGCAAGACACUGAGGAUGGUAGUAUGCGCAGCGGGGAAGAGGCUAGUAUGUGUGGCGCUGACGAGCGUCACCGUGAGGAUACGACGAUGGGAAAUGGUGACGAGACUUCUAUCGCAGGGGCCCAACGAAUUCCGGACUCCGACGAAGAGCUUCCCGCCGAUCUGGUGGAACACAACUUAUCUGGUGUGGAUCCUGCAGAGAGAGGCAUGGCAUCUCUGCAGGUCUCGCCUUCAGCCAAUCCAGUCGAUCUUGAUCAACAAAAUCCGUCCACAUCUCUUGCUCCCCCAGGUUCCAAUCCUGCUCGCGCGCGAUCUCGAGUGGUCUCGUCGUCAUCGAACAGAAGCGCCGGAGGAUCUAAUGCCGAGAAUACACCAAACAGUAACCCGCGAUUGCGAAACGUUCUUACCGGCAAUAAUGAAGGCCCCCCCAGACCUCCAUCUCAGGGGAGUCAGGCCAAAUCAACACUCGCAGGGGCCUUCGAAAGGACGACAGACUCAAAACUCGGACAGUUUGAGCGGCAAGUCGACAGGCAGAUGAGUUGGGAGCGCGAGAAGUUUGGCCUCCAAAAAGAGAAGGAUCUACUCGAUCACCAAAGACUAGCAGACCUUGAGGAAGCCCGAGAUGCUCGUGCGGCCCAAAGAGAAGAAGCGAGGUGGCAGAGAGAGCUCGAACGAGACGAGCGGCGAUUCGAUCGAGAAUACCAGCGAGAUUGCGAUCGAUUAAACUGGGAGAAGGAAAAAUUCAACUGUGAACGUCGUGAGCGAAUGGGACGAUUACAACUGUUAAAUUUGUGGACCACUCAAGGGAAGAGUGUUGAAGAGAUUGAGAGGAUGAUGAAGUUAGUGUAG